AUGGAUCCGUAUUCUCCAGAGGGCGAGCUCAUCAACAUCCACACAGCGUUCCAUGCCGGCGCACACCAACAGGUCCUCGACUUCGACACUUCCUCGUUCUCCUCAAGCAAUGCGCUGCCCGUACGCGUCCUGAAGGCACGUUCACAAAUUGCCCUUGGGCAAGCGCAAGCCGUCUCGUCGGAGCUCGCCAGCGAAAAGACGCCAGACCUUGUUGCCGUGAAGCUGCUGGCAGACCUUGAGCAGGGCAAGGACGUCACUAGCGCUACAAAGAAGCUGGCCGAGCAGCAUGGUCAGGAGAACUUGACCGUGCAAAUCAUCGGAGGUAUCAUCUUGGAGCGGGCUGGCGAGACAGAGGAGGCUCUUACGUUACUGAGCAAGCACCAAGGCAGUCUGGAUGCUGUUGCGUUGAUUGUACAAAUUCACCUGCAACAAAACCGCGCAGACCUCGCCGCCAAAGAAGCCCAGCGUGCACGGAAAUGGGCACAGGAUAGUCUGCUCGUCAACAUUGCCGAAUCAUGGGUCGGCAUGCGAGAGGGCGGCGAGAAAUAUCAGUCCGCAUUCUACGUUUUCGAAGAGCUUGCCCAAACCUCGCAGUCACAGUCGCCGCACUCACUCGUCGCACAAGCCGUCUCGGAGCUGCACCUCGGACGUUUACCAGAAGCUGAAGCUGCCUUGCAGCAGGCGAUCGAGAUUGACCCCAAAUCGGCAGAUACCAUUGCGAAUCUGAUUGUACUGAACACCCUGCUUGGAAAGACGGAAGAGACAGCACAGCUGAAACAGCAGUUGCAGUCAACAAACGCAGAGCACAGAGCGGUGAAGGAUUGGGCGGAGAAGAAGAGCGACUUCCAGAAGGCGGCGGCGAAAUACACACCGAAAUUUGAGGUCGCAACGUAA